AUGUCUUCCGAACUCGCCGCUACCUACGCCGCUCUUAUCCUCGCCGACGAGGGUAUCGAGAUCACCGGUGACAAGCUCAUCACCCUCACCUCCGCCGCCAAGGUCGAGGUCGAGCCCAUCUGGGCCACCCUCCUCGCCAAGGCUCUUGACGGCAAGGACAUCAAGGACCUCCUCACCAACGUCGGUGGUGGUGGUGCCCCCGCUGCCGGUGGUGCCCCUGCCGCUGGUGGUGCCGAGGCCGCUGGUGACGCCCCCGCCGCUGAGGAGAAGAAGGAGGAGGCUAAGGAGGAGUCUGACGACGACAUGGGCUUCGGUCUCUUCGACUAA